UGUGAAUAUAUAUAAAUAUAGAUAUAUAUCAAAUAAAAACGUAUGAAAUUUAGCAUAAUAUCGAUUCUCUUUGGUACUCAGCCUCAGCUCUCCAAGAAACAGAGAUCUCUUUGGUUGAUCAGAGAGUCUUUCAAGCUCUUCAAAGUCCAAGUUUUGCAGGUUCACACGAAUUAAUUUGGUCAAGCAUUCGUCAAAGAUAAAAUGCAACUUUGGUUGCUAAAUUGGUGAUACUGUUGUUUACAGAAGACGGGUAAUUUGACAGAAUUUUGUUCUUCAUUAUGGAGUCCUUGUGGAAGCUCUUGUAUUUGCUGGAGCCUGCACCCAUUACCCUAAUAGUGACAGCUGUAGCCGUGACAUUUGGAUCUGCAUUUAGAGCUCUAAAUUAUGGAAAAGAAAUGGAGCGGAAUCGUGACUUAUCAGAAGCAUCUAUUACAUUGGAUGGGUCCCAGGCACUAAUGAUCCCAAUAAUGAGCUCUUGCAGUUUACUUUUAAUGUUUUACCUGUUUUCAUCCGUCUCUCAACUUCUCACUGCAUUCACAGUCUUUGCCUCUGUUUCAUCACUAUUCUUCUGCCUCUUUCCUUAUGUUGCCUAUGUAAAGUCACAUUAUGGUCUGGCAGAUCCAUUUGUGUCACGUUGCUGUUCAAGGUCAUUUACACGAAUCCAAGGCUUAUUGUUGUUGGCAUGCUUUAUUACAGUUGCAGCUUGGCUUGUUUCUGGGCAUUGGGUUUUGAACAACUUGUUGGGUAUUUCUAUUUGCAUCGCAUUUGUGAGUCAUGUGCGCCUUCCAAACAUCAAAAUAUGCGCAAUGCUACUUGCAUGCUUGUUUGUAUAUGACAUAUUCUGGGUGUUCUUCUCAGAGAGAUUUUUUGGUGCCAAUGUCAUGGUAUCAGUGGCAACACAACAAGCAUCAAAUCCUGUCCAUACAGUAGCUAAUAGUUUGAGUCUUCCUGGGUUGCAAUUGAUUACAAAGAAGCUUGAGUUGCCUGUGAAAAUAGUCUUCCCAAGAAAUUUGUUCAGUGGUGCAGUUCUUGGAGGAAAUGGUGCAGACUUCAUGAUGCUUGGCCUUGGAGACAUGGCUAUUCCUGCCAUGCUUCUGGCAUUAGUCCUUUGUUUUGAUCAUCGAAAGAGUAGAGAUCCUAUAAGUCUCUUAGAUUUGCAUUCAUCAAAGGGACACAAAUAUUUAUGGUAUGCCCUUCCUGGUUAUGCCAUUGGAUUAGUAACCGCAUUGGCAUCUGGUGUUUUGACUCAGUCCCCCCAACCUGCACUUCUUUAUCUGGUGCCUUCCACGCUGGGACCUGUGGUUGUCAUCUCCUGGGUUAGGAGGGAACUAGCAGAGUUGUGGGAAGGAAGCAUGCCAAAUCUCAAUGAUAAAUUACGCCAAAUAGAAGUUUAAGCCAUUAAUCUUCAAUGGACACUACAGAGCUAGUGCAGGGCAAUUGGAAGUUGUAAAUUCACUUGGAAGUUCUAUCCUUUUAAAUACAUUGGUAGAAAGUUAAUUAUUUAAUGUUUAUCUUUUGGUACCCAACUUGCGUAUCAAUCCCUUUGAAUGCCUAAUGAAAAGGAAAUGAAAUUUAUCUGAGAAA